CUGGUACCAAUGUUACUUAUGAGCCUAAGCGCCCAAGUACUCGAGCAAAACCGACCCCAGUCGGGUGAUGAUUCUCGACGGCUCCAAGCGCGAGCCAGAGUGUGCCAUCCUGAGCUCCCCAUGAUCAUUGUCUCCCCUGCUGCGUCGUUCACAUGCUACAUCAACUUUCAACGGUCCGAUAGACGUUGCUCCUAGCCGGCGAUUACUGCCCCACAUCCGUUCUUCUCACGGCAGUCAGGUUUGAGGUUCCGCUCAACAACUGCAACGGCUGAAUACAUCCUUUGGUUCCUUGAUUUUCCCGUGGUUUUCGUACCCGACUAGAGCCCAUCACCAUCGGGAUCCCAUCGGGAUCCUACCGUGAAAUGUGUUGUGUUUGUUGUUUCGACUUCCCGACUGUUCACUUGAGCCGUCAUUGCCCGCUUGCAGACAUGGCUAUGGCAAGUUACAUAUGGUCAUCAACUUUAUGCCGUUUGCCAUUAGCCUCAUACAGCAUCAACUCUCUCCUGCGGUUCUGGUCGUACGAUUUCUUCGAAGGCGGGACGAAAACCACCCUUAUCGUCAACGAGCUGUGCUGUUGUGGUCCAUGUCGUACAGCUCCAUCAUGUAGACACGGUAAUCGGUUCCCGGUAGACUGGAUCGUCUUUCGGGAUGACGCGGUUCGUUACAGUAGUGUGCUGUGACUGCAGCCGUAAACGGGAAUGGGCCUCAUACUUUGGUGAGGCGCCGUGAGAAGGACUGACACAAGCCCAGCGGGUCCUCCAAUCGAAUUGUCGGGUGGCUCCGGUUGCUUCCCGGCCUUUGUAGCCGUCUGAUCCUCUGUUGAGCCCGGAACAGGUCUGGCUUGAGGUUCCCGUCUCAUGCCGAACAGUCAUUGUGAGAAGGAGCGGUAAGCGGCGGUUUAUCUUGUCUGCAUGAGCAAGUCACCAUCCGGAGCUACGCACGGGAUGACUUUCACCCGCUGUACCCUUC